AGAGAGAAGGCAGAGGAGGGAAAUGUGACUACACCUGACUCUUUGUGUGGGAGCAACCACUUGCGCCAAAACAAAAAAAGGCAGAGAGAGAGUGAGAGAGAGAGAGAGAGAGAACACAGAGACGGACAGCAAGCGCAGAACUCAAGAAGAAGCGUAAGUGACAUGGACGAUCUAGGACCGCUGGAUUUUCCCCCUGCAUACCCAGGGCCCCCCAUCAACGACUAUGGAGGCAUGGCCGGACCCUCCCAGCCUGGCUUUCAGGGCUCCCCAUACCCCCCUUUCCAGCCUGGCCCGUACCAGGGAGGUCCUGCCCCUGGAGGAUACCCAGCUACACCCCAGUACUAUGCUGGACAGCCUGGACCCCAGCAAAUGGGUCCUGUUCCUGGAGGAUACCCAGCUACACCCCAGUACUACCCUGGACAGCCUGGACCCCAGCAAAUGGGUCCUGUUCCUGGAGGAUACCCAGCUACACCCCAGUACUACCCUGGACAGCCUGGACCCCAGCAAAUAGGUCCGGCGCCUGGAGGAUAUGAACCCUCACCCCCGUCCGCCACUGUGCAGCCUCAACCCCACAAAGUGGACCAAAAAAAUGCUGACAACAGGCGAGUGGACAAGAAGCCUGCGGACUCCAACGGCGGCUGCAAGCUCUGCUGCCUGAAGACCAAGAAGUGCCUGAUGAGCCCGGAGUGUGGGCGGGGCCUGCAGAUCGCCAGCGUCAUCUCCAUGUGCGGCAUGUGCAUCCGCUUCUUUGUAUAGGCGGAUCAAGAUCCCCCAGAAGAAGGGCCCAUUCCUCCCUUCCCCCAUGAUGCCCGAUUUUUGCCUGUGUGAUCUUGCGCCCCCCUACAUGAAAGGUUACCCCUGGGACCUUCAGCCGUGUGUGUGUGUGUGUGUGUGUGUGUGUGUUUUUGCGUGCGUGUGUGUGUG